ACAAAUCCGGACACAUUUGUCGACACUCGGUUUUCUGAUCGGAAGACUUUUUAGAUGGAAACGGUUCCUGCAUGUAGUUCAUCCUGGUUGAAAGGUACACUCGAUACACUUGUCGUUUUGAACAGAAUAUUUAUUCAGAAACUGAAUGAUGCUGAGUACUUUAAAAUACUCAGAAUAUGGACUGGAUAUUCGGCAAUAAAAGUUUAAGAAUUGAAACGUUACCUGUCUACGAAGCGAAAUGUCGGGUUGUUUACUUCAACCUUCCUCGAAUAUUGUCAGUUCUAAACUGUCUUGAAAAGAUAAAACUAAAAUAAGAUGAUUUGGUAAACAACAGACGUGUUUUUUUUUUUUUAUAUAUAUAUUAUUUUUUUUUUAUCUUUUUAUUUUGGUGAUAUCUUAUUAGCCAGCUGAAUGUUUUGCUUCAAAGAAAAAAAAAAGUGUUUCGUGUGAAUCGUGAGUCUUGUUUUAUCAUUUUAAUGGGAGGCUGGUCGUUGAACGGCGAAGCUUGUGGGCGAUUUGUGCGAACAGGAAAAUUAAGCAGCAGCCAGGUCGGGAGUGGAUGGAUUCGUUGGCCGGGUACGUGUACAAAGCGGCGAGCGAAGGGCGAGUCCUGACGUUAGCUGCCCUGCUGCUCAAUCACUCUGAAGUGGAGACGCGCUAUCUGCUCAGCUAUGUGACCGAGCACGGAGGCCAGCGUUCAACCCCGCUUAUCAUUGCAGCGAGAAACGGACAUGCAAAGGUGGUUCGCUUGCUGCUAGAACAUUACCGGGUCGAGACGGAGCAAACCGGUACUGUGAGAUUUGACGGAUACGUUAUUGAUGGGGCCACUGCUCUGUGGUGUGCAGCAGGUGCAGGACAUUUCGAGGUUGUCCGUUUGCUGGUCACUCAGCGUGCAAAUGUGAACCACACCACUGUGACCAACUCCACGCCUCUGCGGGCGGCCUGCUUCGACGGCAGACUUGAUAUUGUUAAGUACCUGGUGGAGAACCGUGCAAACAUCGGCAUUGCCAACAAGUAUGACAACACCUGCCUUAUGAUCGCAUCAUACAAGGGCCACACAGACGUGGUGAAGUACCUGCUUGAGCAGCAAGCCGACCCCAAUGCGAAAGCCCACUGCGGAGCUACUGCCUUGCAUUUCGCAGCGGAGGCCGGCCACUUGGAAAUAGUGAAGGAGCUGGUGAGGUGGAAAGCUGCUAUGGUGGUCAACGGUCAUGGAAUGACCCCCUUCAAAGUGGCGGCUGAAAGCUGCAAAGCCGAUGUGGUUGAACUACUUCUGUCUCACGUGGACUGCGACCGGAAAAGCCGCAUUGAAGCUUUAGAACUACUGGGGGCCUCUUUCGCCAAUGACCGAGAAAACUAUGACAUUCUGAAAACAUAUCACUAUUUGUACCUGGCAAUGCUGGAGCGAUAUAGAGAUCCCAGCAACAUCAUAGAGAAAGAAGUCCUUCCUCCAAUAGAAGCCUAUGGCAAUCGCACUGAGUGUAGGACUCUGCAUGAUCUCGAGGCGUUGAGGCAGGAGCGGGAUGCCCUUCAUAUGGAAGGAUUGAUAGUCCGGGAGAGGAUUUUGGGAGCAGACAACAUUGAUGUUUCUCAUCCUAUUAUUUACAGGGGAGCUGUGUAUGCAGACAACAUGGAGUUUGAUAAGUGCAUCAAGUUAUGGCUUCAUGCACUGGAGCUCAGACAGAAGGGCAGCAAGAACACUCACAAGGACCUGCUCCGGUUCGCCCAGGUCUUCUCCCAAAUGAUCCAUUUGAACGAGCCGGUGAAAGCGAAGGAUAUAGAGAACGUCUUGAAAUGCAGCGUGGUGGAGAUCGAGAGAGAAAUGUCGCGAAUGAAAAUAAUUCAGGAAAGCGAUAUCCACUCGGCCACGGACAACUACGAGUCCAACGUUUUCACCUUCCUCUACCUCGUCUGCAUCUCCACCAAAACUCAGUGCAACGAAGAGGAGCGAGCUCGAGUCAAUAAACAGAUCUACAACUUGAUUCAGCUGGAUCCGCGCUCCAAGGAAGGGUCCACGUUGCUGCACCUCGCCAUUAACCCCAAUACGCCUGUAGAUGAUUUCCACACCAACGACGUGUGUAGUUUUCCCAACGCCCUGGUCACCAAGCUGCUCAUCAGUUGUGGCGCGCAAGUGAACGCGGUGGAUAACGAGGGGAACAGCCCCCUUCACAUCAUCGUGCAAUACAACAGACCCAUUAGCGAUUUCCUGACCUUGCAUGCCAUUAUCAUCAGCUUGGUGGAGGCAGGGGCUCACACAGACAUGACCAACAAACAGAAAAAGACCCCCCUGGAUAAAAGUACUACUGGGGUGUCUGAGAUCCUACUCAAAACUCAAAUGAAGAUGAGCCUUAAGUGCCUAGCAGCCAGGGCCGUGCGGCAGCAUGAAAUCAAUUACAAAAACCAGAUUCCUAAAACUUUGGAAGAAUUUGUAGAGUUUCAUUAAAGGUUCACAUCUUUUAUUGUUUGUAACAAUGGUGCUGGGGAAAAUAACAGUUGAAUAAAACAAACAAAAAUUAAAAACUUGAUUAAG